GUGACGCAAAGGAGACGCUUGCUACCCCGUCACGGACAAUGGCCGCGGGUGAUCCAUCGACUCCACAGCGCAUGACGAAGGGUCUUUUCGAUCCGACCUUGAACAAAUGAGGGGUGUAUAUACCUUAUCAUCAAAGAGAGAAAGAGCCGGAUCUUAUGCGUGGGGCUCUUCGGCGGAUCUCGAACCUCCCUUCCACGCAGAUCAUUGCAGCGAUGGAAGACAAGAGACUUCCACACUGGCUCAAUAUAUCUGGCCGAACCCACAUACACGGGUCACCAAACGCCAUGUCAACUGCAUCAUGUCCUGCACCGUCAUUGGGUCAGUGCGAGGGGAUAAAUCAGUUCUCUUCUCGUGGAGUGCCGCUGUUGUAGAAUAAUAGUUUGUCCGCACCGCCAUCGACCCCAGGAUUGAACAAACCAGGACAUCCAUCAGCCAAGAGAACAAGAGAGACAGAUUCAGGAUGAGCUUACAUCUAUUUGCAGCUGCGACUGUGACAUGUCUUGUCUACGGUUGUGCUUUGGCAUUAUACCGGCUCUUCCUCCAUCCUCUAUCCAGAUACCCCGGUCCCCGACUAGCUAUCUUGACAGACUGGUAUGUGCUAUAUUAUGCCUGGCGAGGCGACCUACACAAACAAGUACAACAAUGGCAUGCAAAAUAUGGGAAGGUCGUCCGCUAUGGGCCUUCAACCCUCAGCUUCAACUCGGCCACGGCUAUGACUGAGAUCUAUGGCGUCCGGGCCAACGUUCGCAAGACAGACGGAUAUGCUGCGCUGGGCCUCAGUCGUCGCUGUCCGAAUAGCUUAGUUGCCAUAGACAAGGGGUUGCACGGCUUCAAGCGACGGAUCAUGGCCCAGGUAUUUUCCGAGCAGAACCUGAAGCAGAUGGAGGAGCGCAUCCUGGACAAUGUCACGGACUUGGUUUCGCUGCUGGGAUCGGAUUCCGAGGCCUCGCGGGGAUGGGGUCCGCCCAAGGAUGUCGCGCAGGCGUGCACCUGGAUGACCUUCGACAUCAUUGCUGACCUCUGCUACGGGGAGGAUCUCAACCUGCUGCAGGUGGAAGACAUGCGAUGGUUUCCCUCUGUAUUCCGCAAGAUCAGCCAACGAGGCAUGAUGAGCCUCAUUCAGCCCAGAUUCAUCCAAAUGAAGCUCGACCACUUCCUCCUCGCCUCUCAGUACAAAGCCAUCCUCCGUGCGGGCAGCUGGAUCCGCGAACGCGGCGAAGCCCGCGCCAAACUAGGCAACAAGAACAUCGAGAAGGACAUCUUCAGCACGAUGAUGAACGCCACGGACCCGAAGACCGGCCGGAGCUUCACUCAGAAAGAUCUCUGGGUUGAAUCCAUGCUGUUACUGGUAGCAGGCUCCGACACGACCUCCAACGCCCUCAGCGCAACAAUCCACUACCUCCUCCACCACCCCACCAGUCUAAAACAUCUGACCACGGAACUCCGCUCGACCUUCCCCACCGAGACCAGCAUCCGCUUCGACUCCGCCUCCCCGACCACCAGCCCGUACCUGCACGCCUGCGUCAACGAAGCCAUGCGCCUGGCCCCGUCCGUGCCCAACGCGCCCCCGCGCGCCGUCUGCCCCGGCGGCAUCUACAUCGACGGCGACUUCAUCCCCGCCGGCACCGUCGUCGGCGCCCCGAUCUACACCCUCCACCGCAACGAGGCCUACUUCGACCGUCCGGAUGAGUUCCGGCCGGAGCGGUGGCUGGAUCUUUCCUACAGCAGCAGCAACAACAACAACAAGUCCCCGGGGUUUUCUGGUCCUUCAGCCGCGGAGCAACACCAGCAGCAGGGAACAUCCGCCGCGACGACCACCAAACAAACCCAGGCCUAUCAGGCCUUCUGUCCUUUCAGCUACGGGGCCCGCUCCUGCGUCGGCUGGCGUCUGGCCUACACGGAACUCCAUCUCGCCGUGGCGCGGUUGCUCUGGCGGUACGAUGUUCGGUUAGCGGCGGCCGCUGCGCCGGCUUCGACUUGCUCGCCGAAUCGCGGUAAGACGGAUUCCGAGUAUGAGAUGAUGGGGUGGGUGGUGGCGGCCGUGGAAGGGCCGGUGGCGCAGUUUCGGAGGCGGGAGGAUCUCUUUUGACCGGAGUCGAUACAUAGACUAGAGU